GAGGGAAAAGCCCGCCUGGGAUUCCCACCAUCUCAGUCAGCAGCUUUUGGAGGAAGAUGCAUUGUAUACUCUGCACUCUGCAAUACCUUCAAUACUAUGGCAUGUGGAUCCACAUGUUGCGGCAUCCCAGCUUGCUCAUCACACCACAGCUGCUUUGCAACAAGUUGCACGCCCUCGCAAGACCUGGAAGAGGAAGAGCCACAUCUCGGACAACACCUGGAUGCUUAUUGAGAGCAAGAAGUUCCACUUCAAGCACCUCAGGCAGUUGACCCGCACUUGGCGGUAUACUAUACUGCAAGUCUGCUUUCACUCUUGGCGAACCUCCACAGCACCGGGCACGAGCAACACUUCAACCCUUUGUCAAGAGCUACGAUGUGGCCUACCUCAAUGGCUGCAACUGCAUGACAAGGCGGUUGCCCAAACAACCCGACAAUAUCGACAGGCAACGCAGCAAGCCAAGCAGGCGAUUCAGGAGGAAGACACCGCCUACUACCAACUCCUACGUGAACUUUGCACUGGUCGAGGCUGGCUUUUUGAGAUGCGGGAUGACCUGGAGUGGUUGGGAGCAUUCCGGCAGCUGCCUUUUGAGCUCCCUCAUGCACUCCUUCAGAACUAUGAGGAGGGAGUCCAUGACUACGCAUGGUGGCAGCCCGAUCCUGCCACUCCACUGGUCAUAACAUGCUUUGCCCAGCUUGCAGCAUGCCUUCAACAAUGGAUGCUGAACCCUACGGAGGAGGCAUUUCACAACGACUUCUUCAACCUGCUCUUCAACUUUGACAUCCCGGAGUUUCAAGCGGCCCGGAUCUUCAUUGCUUGGAUCGAAACCGAGUUCCAGGAUUUGCACUCAGCCUGCGACCCAGAGCUCUAUGAUCUGUUGGAACGUAGCCACCUGUCCAUGCUUGAGGACAUCCAUAUCUGGCAGCUGCGUGCGCGCCGCAAACACCUGAUGCAAUGCUGGGACAGACUCGAGCAAGGCGAGCCCAAGCCUGCCCGGGCGUCGAAGAAGCAGCCCAUGCCUCAUCAACGCAGCCAUCCAGUUCUGUCCACUUACAGAGCAAUGCCUUCUGUGGAAGCAGACAGGCGUCACUGGGUGAUUCUUCACCCCCCGAAGAUCAUUAAGACGCUUGGAGCAGGACCUUACUACGUCGUGCAUCUCUAUUCAGGGAGGCGCCGUGAUGACGAUUUUCAUCACUUCAUGCAGCAGUUCUUGGAGGAGGGCCCCCAGCAGAUCUCGCAAUCAGUGCUGGUGAUCUCCAUUGACACGGCCAUCGACGCGACCAUGAAUGUGCACGAUGCGAAACUAUGGGCCUUCUUGCUGGAAGCUGCGCGGAAUGGGCAGAUCCUUGCUCUCCUACUUGGACCACCCUGCGAAACUUGGAGUGGUGCCAGAUUCGAGGAGCAAGUCGAUGAGGAAGGCAAACCUAUCAAGGGCCCCAGGCCAUUACGAGGAGCACCAGAUCUUCCCUGGGGCCUUGAACAACUCAGCCUCAAGGAGCUCUUUCAGAUAUUGAUAGGGAAUGGCCUUCUAUUGAAGGGACUGCAUUUGAGUGCCUGCGUCGCUUGCCAGGGAGGCGCCGUAGCGCUUGAACACCCUGCACCGCCCCUUCAAAUUGAACGCCCAUCAAUUUGGCGAACUGCAAUCGUCAAACUCCUUUGUAGCGCCGGGAUGCCCUUUCGGCAAUAUACGUUUCAACAAUGGAAACAUGGCGCCAAAGGAGUUAAACCCACCACACUGCUCUACGCACAUGCGGCGAUCCCACGAGUCUUCGCAGCGAAUGAGCAACCGCAGUUUGUGCGUCCAACAGCUCCCCUCAUUGGAAGAGCUGCUGACGGCAGUUUCAAAACUGCUGUGGCAAAAGAAUACCCAGCAGGCAUGAAUUUUUGUUUUGCCGAGGCGUUUUGGCUGCACAUCUCAGCCCGCUUUGCUCGGCACCAGGCUCCGACGACCAUUCCCGGAGCCUCGAAGUAUGUACAGGAAUUGGCAAAGAUCUCGGCCUGCGUGGAUCGCGACCGAUCGAUCAUGCCUGACUACCAGCCUCUGCACUAG